CGGCGCCCUCCGUGCGGAGCCGGGAGAGGGGCGUGUGCCGUUGGUGUCGGAAACCGAGAACCCGUGGCAGCUCGGUGCCGGGACGGGGCGUUCUUCGGAGGAGCCCUUGGAGAAGGGAGUGUCGCCUAGCGGUUAGGGGGUCGUUAAGGCGGGGGAGGCUGGGCUUCGGCCGGGCAGCCCAGCCGGCUGUUGUGAGCGUUAAGCGGGAGACGUAAGGAGAGCCCUGCUGGGUCGCAUCGCCGGGACCUCCCGCUUCAGUUUCCCGAAGAGACGGUGCCGCCUCCUCGCGCUGCUCUCCAGCUCUCGGUGGCUGAAAUAAAGCACUGCAGGAGAUUCAGAUCAGCACCUCUUUGUAGAGGAAUCACGGAAAGAGCCCUUAGGCAUAAGAAUAAAGUCAUGGAGAUGAGCGAGGAGCAGAUUGGUUCCCCCUUUUUUUGUCCCGGGAGUCUUAUACCUGGUCCAAGAUGGAAGAGCAAGGGUCCGGUGUCCUUCGAGGAGGUGGCUGUGUAUUUCACGGAGGAAGAGUGGGCUCUGCUGGAUCCUGGCCAAAGAGCUCUUCACAGGGAAGUCAUGAUGGAGACUUAUGGAAACGUGGCUUCUCUAGCAGGAGAUGAAGAGAAACCAGUUAUCGGUGUGGAAAGGCAGAAGGUUGUGGAGGUGGAAGAAGCUCGAGAAAGGCCAAAGCAACAGCAAAAAAGGAAGAAGGAAGGAACCCAGAAGCAGAGAAAGUACUCUGCUUUUCAGUGCUGGGACCUCCAUGAAACCCUAAUAAGAGACAAAAUACAAAAAGAAGAAAGAAGGAACACACGCUCUUUGACUGGGAAAAGAUCUGGCAAAAAAUCUAGCCAUAAGAGGGAUCUGAGAAGUCACAUUGAGGAGAAACCAUAUAAAUGUUUAGUGUGUGGACGGAGCUUCAGUAAGAAAAGCAAGCUAAUUUCUCACCACAGGAUUCACACAGGGGAAAAACCAUAUAAAUGUUUUGAGUGUGGAAUGAGCUUCCGUUGGCCUAGCUUGCUAACUUGUCACAUAGGGAUUCACACUGGGGAGAGACAAUAUACAUGUUUGGAGUGUGGAAGGAGCUUUGGUUGGAAGGGAAACCUUAUUGCUCACCAAAGAAUUCACACAGGGGAGAAACCAUAUACAUGCUUGGAGUGUGGAAAGAGUUUCAGUCUCAAGGCACACCACACUUCUCAUCAAAGGAUACAUACAGGGGAGAUGCCAUAUAAAUGCUUGGAGUGCGGAAAAUGUUUCCGUCGGAGUGACAUGCUAACUAGUCAUCUGAGGACUCACACUGGAGAGAAGCCAUAUAAAUGCCUGGAGUGUGGAAAGCGCUUCAGUCAAAGAAGGACCUUUACUUAUCACAAAAGGACUCACACAGGGGAGAAGCCAUAUAAAUGCUUGGAUUGUGGAAAAAGCUAUAGAGACAGAGGAACUCUUACUUCUCACCAAACUACUCACACUGUCGAGAAGCCAUAUAAAUGCCUAGAGUGUGGAAAGAGCUUUGGUCAGAAAACAAAUCUUACUUUCCAUGUAAAGACUCAUACAGGAGAGAAACCAUAUAAGUGCUUAGAGUGUGGCAUGAGCUUCUAUCGCCAGGCACACCUUUCUUCUCACCAAACAGUUCAUACAGGGGAAAAACCAUUUAAAUGCCAGGAGUGUGGAAAGAGCUUCAGUCGGAAGGACACACUAACCUGUCACCUGAGGACUCACACUGGGGAAAAGCCACAUAAAUGCCUGGAAUGUGGAAAGAGUUUUAGUGACAGAAGAAACCUUAAUUCUCACCAAACUAUUCACACAGGGCAGAAACCAUACAGAUGCUUGGAGUGUGGGAAGAGCUUCCGUCUAAAUUCCAUGUUAACUUUUCACCAAAUGAUUCACACUGAGGAAAAGCCGUAUAAAAUCUUGGAGUGUGAAAAUAGCUUUAAUGAGACAGAGGGCCUUGAUGGUCAUGGAAGAAUUCACUCAAGGGAGGAACCAUAUCAAUACUACAUUGUGGAAGAAGCUUCAGACAGCAAACAAAUCUUCUUUUUCACUAAAUUACUCUCCCCAGGGACAAACCAUUUAAAUGCUUGGAGUGUGGAAAGAGUGUCACUCAGGGAAGUAAUCUUACUUCCCAAAGGUCUCACAGAAGACAGAGACUGUAUAAAUGCCUGGAUUAUGGAAUGAGCCUCUCGCCAAACAGUCCACAUGGGGAGAAGUCCUAUAUAUGUCUUGAGUGUGAAUAGCAUCUUCAUUGGAGUGAAAUGCUAACUUGUCACUUAAAGACUUACACAGGGGGAAGCCAUGUAGACUUUUUUAAGUAAUGAAAAACUUCCAUCAAAGUGUACACUUUAUUUCUCAUGAAGUGAUUUUCACAGGGGAGAAACCAUUUACAUGCUGCUGUCAGAAUGACAAGCUAACUUGGAAUUUAAGGAUUCACAGGGGAGAGCAGCCCUAAAAAUUAAACAUAUCUCUGUCAAAGAGCAGCCUUGUGACAUGCCUAUGCCAGAAUACCUGUAUAAAUGCUCUAAUUGUCAGAAAACCAAUGCCUGGUUAUAAGACAGGGAAAGCAUGUAGCUGAUUGGGGAAAACUUGAAGAUAUACUGGAGGAGUAGAGAAGUAUUUGAGUAGUUUCUCUGUCUGAAUCAGCAAGGACAGUAUGGUACACCUUUUGUAAAUAUGCAUUUUCUUUCAUCACAGCCACAUUAUGCUGUCUUUGUACUGUAAUAAUCUCUCUCUCUCUCUCUCUUUUUGCAUGGUGAAAAACUAGUGUGCUGUAAUUCCCACCCACCCUCCUUUUUGGCAUGGUGGAGAAUCGGUAUGUUGUAGUAGUAGUUAUUGUGGGGCUUUUAAACACAGGCUUUUUUGGUCAUGCCCCAUCAAUCAGCCACAAAGUUUGCAUACAGCCUUUGAGCAGUCUCUGUCAGUCAGCAUAACAUACCUCACAAAGUAGUUAUGAGGUGAAAAUAGUGAAGAGGUGAACCAUGUACUGUACAUUGACCUUGUUGUAGGAAGAGCAGAAUAAAGCGAUUAAAAAUUA